UACAGGCAAUCUCCCAUUGGUACAGUUUAUCACCCUCAUACAAACCAUGCGUCGUCUGUACACCGAUGUGGUGGCGCUACAAAGCCCAGCAAAUGGAGAAGAGUCGGCCAUAUCACAGUGCCGGUCACCGCUGCUCAAGAAACUACUCACAAUUGGCGAGGGAUUCCCAGAUUUGGAAGACGCGCUGAAGUUCUUUGAGCAAUCUUUUGAUCACGAGGAGGCGCUCUUGGCCAACAAUAUCGUACCAAAGGAAGGCGUGGAUGAGGACUACGAUGCCGCGAAGGCGGCUGUUGAGGAGAUUGAAGGUGAACUGGAAGAGCAUUUGAAGGAAGUGCAGAAGAAACUCGGCUGUAAAAAAGUGAUCUACAAGGACAUUGGGAAUGAGAAGUACCAGCUGGAGAUCCCGGUUACAGUCAAGGUACCCAGUUCGUACAUGCUCAAGUCCUCGACAAAAGCUGCAAAACGGUAUUGGACCGGUUUUAUUGAAGCGAGACAUCUACCUUUAGCCGAAGCUCGGGCGGUGUUCAACCGCGUUGUCAAGGAAACGCACGUGCGCACCCUCAAUCGCUUCGACACGUGUUCAGAUUUGUGGAAGAAGGCCGUGGCCUGUAUAUCUGAGUUCGAUUGUUUACUAUCGCUGCAUAUGUGCUCGAUGAGUUUGGGUGAACCGCGAUGCAGGCCGAUACUGAUGGAGAGUGACGACAGCACUCCUCCUGUACUGGACCUCAAGUCCAUGCGCCAUCCUACCAUUGCUCAUAGACUGUCAGAGGGUUAUGUACCUAACGAUACGCUUCUGGGCCUCAACGAAGAGAGCAAGGGAGCGCCUAUAGUAUUACUAACGGGGCCUAAUAUGGGGGGUAAAUCGACCCUGCUCAGGCAAACGUGCAUGGCCAUAGUUAUGGCACAGUUGGGCUGCUUCAUACCCGCCGAGAGCUGUCGUAUGACACUCACGGACAGAAUAUUCACGAGGAUAGGAGCGAACGACAAUAUACUGGCGGGUCAGUCCACGUUCAUGGUGGAGCUUAAGGAGACUAGCAACAUUCUACAACAUGCCACGAAAAACAGUCUGGUGAUUCUCGACGAAUUAGGCAGGGGUACUAGUACCUUUGAUGGCUACGCUAUAGCCUUUGCCGUGCUGAAGCACCUUAUCAACGAUGUAGGCUGUCGAGCCAUGUUUGCUACACACUAUCAUAUGUUGUGCGAGGAGUUCAAAAGGGAGAGGAGCGUCGCCAACAUGCACAUGAGCUGUUUAGUAGACGAGGACAAGCGUGAUGUAACCUUCUUGUAUCAACUAGCGCUGGGUGUGUGCUCCAAGAGUUAUGGUAUGAACGUGGCUAACAUGGCCGGCGUCCCUCGCCAAGUGAUUGAGCGCGCAGAGGAGAAAGCAAAAUUAAUAGAAAUCAACGGCGGUUAUAGCCGUAUGGCUCACACAUACUCUACAUCAAAUCCUGAAUUUUUAACACUUUUCAAAGCUCUAAAGGAUAAUGAUAGUCAACAGCUGAUGAAUUUGCUUGAAGGGUUAUGAUGUGAUGAUGAGGUUAGGAUAGUGUGCGUGACAUAAUGCAUCAGAUAGACACCGAAUAGUAUCCACCAAAAGCAAUAAAUGUACAGCAAUAAAGUUGCAUGAUCUGCAAAAGUUGGC